GCACGAGACAGAGCUCCCACCAUAACGCUCCUAAGACACACACACAUCACCUCAUAUAAGAAGAAAAAACAUUAUAUAGUUUUUCUUUGACUGAAAUUUUUAGAGAAGAAUUGUUUUUUUUUUUGGAGAUUGUGUUUAGAAAAAGGACCCGUUUGUUUGUUUGUUUGUCUUUGUCUGUUUGUUUGUCUCACGGAAAUAAUAUAUCUUUAAGUGUACAUAUUAAAGACUCUCGGAUAACUUAAGACAACUCAACUACUGUGCUUGUAAUGAUCGAUUUGUGACACCUGUUGACGCACAUUAUACAAGAUGAGGGAGACGCUGACAGUGGGGCUACUCACCCUAGCCCUGCUUACAGUGAGGAUCUCUGCUGCGGACGACAGCAUAGACAGUUAUUCCAGAGAGGAUCAGGUCCACAAUUUAUUCCCACGACACCCGCUGUAUGACUCUCUACCACACAACAACCGUCGUGUCCUGUCACUUGGAGAAGCUGACGAACUACCCAACUACGUUUCCGAUGCUGAUGCUAACGACACCCCCUCCGGUGAUGCUGUUACGGGCUACAACCUGCCUGAUUCCUUCUCGGCUCCCUCAUACGCUGACCCGACACUCCUCUCCGCUGUGAUGAAGCAGGCAGACCAGGCCAACUUCAGGUAUCCUCUGGUGACGACGGUACCUCCUGGUUCUAAUCAGUCCAACUCUGCCAGUGAGACAGGCUCUACCUUCGUCCUUCCGGAAGACAAUGAGAUUAAUCCCUUCUCACUUUUUCCACCACAGUUCUAUGAACUGCUGGAGAUCCCCCUGCAUACCUACUCUAAUGGAACAUCCUACAGCCCUCACCAUCGCUACCAUCCAGUUGGCCCACUUAUCUCCAAGGGCUAUGCCAGUACCAAGAUCCAGGGCAACAACAAGGUGCGAACAGGAGUUAACCAGGACACCCCACAGGUUGUUUACAAACCAAUGCAUGAGUUCACUGAAGCUACAAGGAAGCCUGUAGAUAAUUCUCAGAUCACAACCACAUCCAUUACUACUAAAUCAUCUUAUUCUCCCUACCGCCCCACUGACCCACCCACUACUUGGCCUCCUUCCACGACUCAACCUCCACCCACUGCUCGACCUCCUUCCACGACUCAACCUCCUCCCACUACUCGGCCUCCUCCCACUACUCGGCCUCCUCCCACUACUCGGCCUCCUUCCACUACUCAGACCCUUCCUACUCAGCCACCUAUAACUCAUAUUUCUCUUACCCCACCGACAACACAGAGUAUUCGACCUCGACCUACACCAUAUAAUACCCGACUACAACCCACAACACAGGAUGCUCACAUUCGACCUACAUCCCCACCUUACCGCUCACAUCCAGCACAUUUACCUUUCCGCCCUCCGUCCACCAGUGUGCCCCAGCAUCCUCUUACUCGACCAGAUCCUACUUACACAUCUGCUCAUCCUCAGCCAAUUCACUCAGAAACAUACACUUGGCUUUCCCCUCCCUCUAACAUCCCACCACUGAGGUAUACACGUCGACCAACUGCAGGUCCCUGGACUACACCUCACUCUCCUCCGUCUACCUCACCUCAUUCUUCUACACAUAGACCUACCACACUGCAGCCUACCACCACACCUCUUCCUGUUACACAACAAACCACAACUCAGCCAGACUUUUGGCUUGAGACAGUUGAAGUAACACCAAGAUCAACCCCUAAAAAGCCUGUCCAUCCCUAUGGAACACGAAUUCCUUCAAGAAAUCCUCAGUUACAUCCAAAACCAGUUGAGCAGGCUGUGCCUUCAUCAAUUGAGAAGCCAAAUCCACUUUCCAGUACUGUUCCAAAACCCUCUCUUGUUGAUAGACAAAGAGAGGAUCAAACUUUCCGUCCAUCCAAGGUUGAUCCCUUCCUCCCACCAAGACAGAAGCCUACCAGCUACCAUCCUUUGAUUGAUAAAGAUCAACCUGAACGUUUCCCCCCCAAGUGUUCCACAACCUUUGCCACCAGUUGUAAAUGCAUAUGA